AUGGAUAAUAUUAACAAUGCUCAUCUUAUAAGAGUCAACUCAGGUGUAGAAGCUACUGAAAUAAAUAAUUUACCAGCAAAUAGUACUACCACUAAUAAUAUAGAUACCACAAUACAAGAUAAUGUCAACGAUAAUAAUACUCUAAAUUUACAUGAAUCUCUAAUACAAAAUAUCUCAUCAUCAGCUACAGACAACAAUAUACAAGCCUCGUACCCAAUACAAGGGGGAAUGGAGAAUUAUAACCAAAACACUUUUGACAAAGGAGAGAGGAAAACGGAAGGAGAAAAAGGAAAAGCUGAAGAGGAAGAAGAAGAAGAAGAAGAAGAAAUUCUUGUUGAAGAUGAAGAAGAUGUGUUUAGGAAUGUAGCACAAGGGCUAGAAGGUAAAUAUAGAGAUUUACUAAUUGACUUUUGGCAGCAGCUGAUCAAUCAAAUAGAAAGCACUAAUGAACCAUAUACAAAUAUUAAGAAUGAUUUUAAAUCACAUUCGUUACCACUGGCAAGGAUUAAAAAAGUUAUGAAAACAGAUGAAAAUGUUAAGAUGAUAAGUGCUGAAACACCUAUACUUUUUUCACAAGCUUGUGAAAUUUUCAUAACAGAGUUGACUGUGAGAGCUUGGUGCGUUGCAGAUGGUGAUAAGAGACGGACUUUACAGAAGCAAGAUGUGGCCGAAGCUUUACAAAAAAGUGAUAUGUAUGACUUUUUGAUUGAUAUAGUACCCAGGACAUUUCCAAAGUAG